AUGAAUAUCAAUAAUUCAGAGAGAGAUAAAAAUAAACUGCAUCCUGGUGAUACUAAAAUCGAUAGAUCUCAUUCAGCACGUGAUUUGCCUACUGAUGACGAUGAUGAUUGUUUUAUCAAAUUGGGUUUUGUUUCAUCAUCUAAAGAAAGAAAUCAAACGCAAAAGUCAUCUGAACCAGAGCAACCAGCUUAUCUAGUCGAAGAAAUCGAUGCAAUAACAGCACUUUUUAUUUAUGAUGUUUAUACAAAAAAACAAAAAACAAAACUCAAUCCAAAACAACGUAUGAGAGCUGCAAUGUCUCCGAAUUCUAUAUGUGAUGAUAUCGAUCGAUUUGACUCGAUUUAUUCAUGUUUAAUCGAUCAAACGUCAUCAUCACAAAAUCGUGAUUUAAAAAAAUCUUAUCGUGUACAAAAUUAUUUACGAGAUCGAUUUGUUACGUUACCCGAAAUCGAUGCAUUCAAAGAAUUUCAACAAAACGAACAAUCACGUGUUUACGAAGAGAAACAAGCAGUUCUUAAUCGUGUACCAUUUAUUCCAAAUAUUUUAGCACAUCAACGAACAUGUCCUUUUUAUAAUCUAAAUGAAAUAAAACGAAUUCAAGAUCAGCUCAACUAG